AUGCUUCUUUUGUUGCUUUUAUCUUUUGUUGAUGCUGCAGUGGCUGCAGCGUCGUGUCUGCGUCGUACGAAGCGCAGGCCUGCUGGUGUGGUGCGGCCAGGUGGGUGCCGUGUUGCUCGGGCGCAGAGCGGAAUGAGUGUACCCGCCCCGUCACGGGGUGACUGUGGUGAGCAAUACGGGGCGUCAGUGGGGGUGACGAAACGACAUCCCAGAUUCGCAGGAAUUUUUUUUUUUGAAAAUUUUUCACUUUCCAGCCCUCUUGCGAGGUCACAGGAGGAUGUGUUGUCAGUGGGAAACAAGAGUAUGAAAAAUAUGGUAAUGUCAUAA